AUGGACCGGGAGUUGGUGCUGAUGGUGUGUCUCGCGCUCGUGCUGGUGGCGUGUUCCCGCGGCGGAGAGGCGCGCGUCAGACUGAACUCCAUCCGGACGGUGAUCCUGCGGGAGGGGCACGUGCUGCCGGUGAACAGAAGCGCGUGGGAGCCGAGCCUGGACCUGACGCUCUACCAGUGCAUGAGCGACCUGGAGUGCAGCGAGGGAAGUUAUUGCCACGCCCCCAGCAAAGGCCCCGCCCACUCCCGCUGUCAGACCUGCCGCAGGAGGAAGCGGCGUUGCCAUAGGGAUGGCAUGUGCUGCCCCGGUAACCGCUGUAGCAACAACAUCUGUGUUCCUGAUGAGGACAGUUUUGUGUCUCAAAGGAUCCCGGACUCCGAUGGAGGGAUGUCGAAAAAAAAAGGAUGGAGGAAGAGAGAAAAGAUGGAUGUAAAAGGGUUCUCUGGCAAAGGUCAGGUCGGGGAUCCCUGUCUUCGCUCCUCCGACUGCUCAGACGCUCUGUGCUGUGCCCGUCACUUCUGGACUCGCAUCUGCAAGCCAGUGUUGCGGGAGGGACAAGUGUGCACACGACACCGCCGUAAAGGGAACCAAGGCCUGGAGCUGUUCCAGCGCUGCCCCUGCGGCGAUGGACUCAGCUGCCGAGCACUGCGAGAGCCCGGCGCCCAGUCUUCAUCACCGCCGUCAUCUUCUCUGCUGGCGGCGGCUGCUAAAUCCAAGUUCGCAGCGUCCUCGUCUCGCCACUCUUCGCCGCAGACAUCCCUGUUGUCUUCAUCAACAAAGUCAUCUUCUUCGCCAGGGGUGGCAAAGAUGCGACUUCAUGUGUGCCAGAAAAACUGA